AUGCCCAGAGAAGCAGAACCAUCAGCCAAUGAGAAGGCCUUCCUCCUGAAGGCGCUUCAAGAUGAACAGAUACGUCUCGAUGGCCGCGAAUUCGACCAAUACCGCCCGCUAGAGCUCACCUUUGGAGACGAAUAUGGCGUCGCGAAUGUAUCACUUGGCAAGACAAAGAUCCUCGCCAAAGCCUCCGCCGAAGUAACAGUCCCCUUUGCCGACCGGCCCCUCGACGGCAUCUUCACCAUCGCCACCGAACUCUCCCCCAUGGCUGCGCCUCACUUCGAAGUGAACCGGCCCACCGAAACCGAAGUCCUCUUGUCUCGCCUGCUCGAAAAGACGGUCCGCCGCUCCGGCGCGCUCGACACCGAGUCGCUCUGUCUGGUGGCCGGCCAAAAGUGCUGGUCCGUCCGCGUUGACGUGCACGUCCUGUCUCACGACGGCAACCUGACGGACGCGGCCUGCUUCGCCGUCGUCGCCGCCCUGCGCCACUUCCGCAAGCCCGACACCAGCAUGGAGAACGGCGUGUUGACAGUUUACACGCCCGCAGAGCGGGAGCCGGUUCCUCUGGGGUGGCUACACUCGCCCUUUUGCGUGACGUGGAGCUUCUUUGGCGACGAGGGCGAGACGGCGCUGUUGGAUGCGGACUGGAUGGAGGAGCAGGUUAGGGUCGCCAGCCUUACGAUUAGUCUGAACAGGCACGGCGAGAUCUGCCAGAUCGCCAAGCUGGGAGGUGUUCCCGUGGAGGCGGUUGCGCUGCUGCAGUGUACCAGCGUGGCGUUGACGAAGGUGAAGGACUUCUCGACGUUCUUGGAUGGCAAGUUGGCGGAGGACGCGAAGAGGAGGGACAAGGGUGGGUUUAUGGCUGAGUUGAGGGCGGAGAAUGAUCGUGUUGUUGGGUGA